AUGACAGACGCCGUGAUGGAAGUCGACAACCCUGGAGCAGCCAUCAAGGAGCUUCAAAAUGGGGAGAUCGAUGAGUCGCUCUAUAGCAGACAGCUAUAUGUCCUUGGCCAUGAGGCAAUGAAGCGCAUGGGCUCAUCCAACGUGCUCAUUGUCGGCCUGAAGGGCUUGGGCGUGGAAAUUGCAAAGAAUAUUGCCCUAGCUGGCGUGAAGUCUCUGACGUUGUUCGAUCCCGAACCUGUAGCCAUUGCCGAUCUUUCUUCUCAAUUUUUCCUACGUCCCGAAGAUGUCGGCAAGCCACGAGCAGAAGUCACUACACCGCGCGUCGCCGAACUGAACUCUUACGUCCCCGUCUCCGUGCACAAGUCGCAGUCACUGACUGAUGACCUCAGUCAGUUGAAGCAAUUCCAAGCAGUGGUCCUGACAAACACUUCGCUGAAAGAUCAAUUGACAAUCGCCGAAUUCUGUCACCAGAAUGGCAUCUACCUGACAAUCACGGAUACCUUCGGCCUCUUCGGAUACCUUUUCAAUGAUUUUGGCGACAACUUCACUGUUGGCGAUGUUACCGGGGAGAAUCCCAUCAGUGGAAUUGUUGCAGAUAUUGACGAGACAGGUCUCGUAUCUGCCUUGGAUGAGACGCGGCAUGGUCUGGAAGAUGGUGAUUAUGUCGAGUUUGCCGAAGUUCGGGGUAUGGAGGGUCUCAAUGGCGCACCACCUAGGAAGAUAACGGUGAAGGGUCCAUACUCCUUCUCAAUCGGUGACGUCUCCGGACUGGGAAAGUAUGAGGGAGGAGGUCUUUUCUCUCAGGUCAAGAUGCCCAAGGUCCUGCAAUUCCAGCCAUUGUCUGAGCAGAUUAAGAAGCCGGAAUUCUUGAUCUCUGAUUUUGCCAAAUUCGAUCGCCCAGCCCAGCUUCAUAUCGGAAUCCAGGCUCUCCACACCUUUGCGGCCGAGCAUAAUGGUACCCUUCCCCGAGCUCACAAUGAGGAAGAUGCAAAGGAGGUCCUGGAGAUCACCAAGAAAUUGGCCAAAGACAACGGAGACGACGUUGAAAUUAACGACAAAUUAAUUACCGAGUUGAGUUACCAAGCACAGGGUGACAUUAGCCCGAUGGCAGCGUUCUUUGGUGGACUAGCAGCACAAGAGGUAUUGAAGGCCGUCUCAGGAAAGUUCACACCAGUGGCGCAAUGGCUCUACUUUGAUUCCCUUGAGUCGCUACCUACCUCUGUCCCACGAACUGAGGAACUAUGCAAGCCGACGGGAUCCAGGUAUGACGGGCAGAUCGCCGUGUUUGGCAAAGAAUUUCAGGAAAAGAUUGCCAACAUCAAGAACUUUUUGGUCGGUUCUGGAGCCAUUGGCUGCGAAAUGCUGAAGAAUUAUGCCAUGAUUGGGCUCGGCACUGGCCCUAACGGCCAUAUCACCGUUACCGACAAUGAUUCAAUUGAGAAGAGCAACCUCAAUCGGCAGUUCUUGUUCCGAGCCAAGGAUGUCGGGAAGCAAAAGAGCGAGGUUGCUGCCGCUGCGGUUCAAGCUAUGAAUCCUGACCUUAAAGGCAAAAUCACCACUAUGACAGAUCGAAUUGGGCCUGACAGCGAAGAUAUCUUCAACGAAGAGUUCUGGAACAGUCUUGACGUGGUCACAAACGCUUUGGAUAACGUGGAGGCUCGGACGUAUGUUGAUCGCCGAUGCGUUUUCUUCAUGAAGCCUCUGCUCGAAAGUGGCACCCUCGGCACUAAGGGCAACACUCAAGUCAUCCUUCCAUGUCUCACCGAGUCGUAUUCGAGCUCUCAGGAUCCGCCAGAGCAGUCAUUCCCAAUGUGUACACUUCGAAGCUUCCCCAACAAGAUCGAACACACUAUUGCGUGGGCGCGAGAUCUGUUCCAGUCCUACUUCGUUGGGCCUCCAGAAACGGUGAAUUUGUACCUCACCCAGCCGGACUAUAUCAACACCACUCUACGUCAACAAGGAAAUGAGAAGAUGAUCUUGGAAACCCUCAAGGAUUACUUGGUAACCGACAAGCCGAAUGAUUUCAAUGACUGCAUCGCCUGGGCCCGCCUACAAUUCGAGAAGCAAUAUCACAACGCCAUUGAGCAGUUGUUGUACAAUUUCCCAAAAGACUCCAAGACGUCAAGUGGUGCCGACUUCUGGUCAGGUCCAAAACGUGCGCCGACGCCCCUCAACUUCGACCCCAAGGACCCCACCCACAUGGGUUUCAUCGUCGCGGCUGCCCAUCUUCAUGCGUACAACUAUGGCAUUCAAGCGCCGAAACUGCGCCAUGAAGAUUACGUCAAGGUCAUCGAUAGUAUGAUUAUUCCCGAGUUCAGACCGGAUGCAAACGUCAAGAUCCAGGCUGACGAGAACGAACCUGAUCAAAAUGGACCUGCCAAGUCAGGCGCGGACGAUGAACAGGAGCUGAACAAGAUCAUCUCAGAAUUGCCGUCGCCAAAGUCUCUGCCGACUUUCCGUCUUAAUGUAGUGGAAUUCGAGAAGGAUGAUGACACAAACCAUCACAUCGACUUCAUUACGGCAGCCAGCAACCUUCGUGCGAUGAACUAUAACAUUCCUGUUGCUGACAGGCACAAGACCAAAUUUAUUGCAGGCAAGAUUAUCCCUGCCAUUGCGACCACCACGGCGCUCGUCACCGGCCUGGUCAUUCUUGAACUCUACAAAGUCAUCGACGGAAAGACCGAUCUUGAACAAUACAAGAACGGCUUUGUCAACCUCGCACUGCCGUUCUUCGGGUUCAGCGAGCCGAUCGCCAGCCCCAAGGGCACAUACAAGGGCAAGAACGGUGAAGUCACGAUUGACAAGUUGUGGGAUCGCUUUGAGAUCGACGAUGUGACGUUGACCGAGUUCUUGAAACACUUUGAAGACCUCGGCUUGACUGUGACCAUGGUCAGCUCGGGUGUGAGUUUGCUGUACGCAAGCUUCUAUCCGCCCAGCAAGCUGAAGGAUCGUAUGCCGUUGAAGAUGAGCAAGCUACUUGAGACCAUCAGUCGCAAACCAAUUCCGGAGCAUCAGAAGAAUAUCAUAUUCGAGAUCACAGCCGAGGAUACUACUGAAGAGGACGUUGAGAUUCCAUAUGUCAUGGUAAAGUACAAGAAGUAA